GAUGGCGCCGCGCGGCGCGGCAGGGCGCGGCGGGGCGCGGGCGGCGGCGGGCGGUGUGAGCCCCCCGGGGGGCGGCCGCGCUGCAUGGGGCCGGGGGCCGGCCGGCAUGGAGGGGGUGCUGUACAAGUGGACCAACUACCUGAGCGGCUGGCAGCCUCGGUGGUUUCUCCUCUGUGGUGGCAUCCUGUCCUAUUAUGACUCUCAGGAAGAUGCCUGGAAGGGUUGUAAGGGAAGCAUCCAAAUGGCUGUUUGUGAAAUUCAAGUUCAUCCUGCAGAUAACACACGAAUGGACCUGAUUAUCCCAGGGGAACAAUACUUCUAUCUGAAGGCAAGAAAUGCAGUUGAAAGGCAAAAGUGGCUGGUUGCACUAGGAACUGCCAAAGCCUGUCUGACUGACAGCAGGACACAGAAGGAAAAAGAGUUCACUGAAAACACAGAAGCCUUGAAGACUAAAAUGUCUGAACUUAGACUGUACUGUAACCUCCUUGUUCAGCAAGUGCAUAAAACGAAGGAAGCCAGCAUUUCUGGUGUAUCAGAACCAGAGAAUGAGAUUGAUAUGGGAGCUCUGUUAAAAUCAACCUGUGACACCUUCCUGAAGACUCUUGAAGAAUGUAUGCAGAUUGCAAAUACUGCCUUCACUUCUGAGUUACUGCAUCAGACCCCACCCGGAUCCCCAAAUUUAGCAGUUCUCAGAACAAGCAAGGUAAAGCACUCUGUCUUGUCCAGUCACACCUCAACAGAAAGGCAGAUGGAAUUGAACCCCUGUGAAAAUGGCUGUGUGAAAGCAGAAAUUAACCAUCAAGAGCAAUCACUUAUUAAAAGUCUGGAAUGUUUAAACUUGGAAACAAGUGAGGGGAGCGGUGAUGUUUCUGUUGAAGAUCACAUAGCAGAGGAUUUGGCAGGCAUUAAAGAAGAUGGAGAGGACAAGCUGCAAGGUGUAGAAAGCUGUGCUGCCCACAAGUUGUUGCAGUCAGAAACAAAUUCUUUAAGUGGAUUGACUCCGUGUGUGGAAGACAGAAAUGAAAAUGAUUCUCCAACCUUCUUCAGUGUCAUGAGCAAUAGGUUCAGUGAUAUUGAACUUCGGGAGGAGGAGGGCAUACCCACAGAAGAGUUUCUGGAGUCAUGUUAUGCAAUUGUGCCUGUUCUGGACAAGCUGGGACCAACUGUUUUUGCGCCUGUUAAAAUGGAUUUUGUAGGCAACAUCAAGAAAAUAAACCAGAAGUUUAUAACCAACAAAGAAGAGUUUGAUACCCUUCAGAAGAUUGUGCUCCAUGAGGUGAACGCAGGUGUAGCACAAGUUAGAAACUCUGCUACAGAGGCUCUCCUGUGGCUGAAAAGAGGCUUAAAGUUCUUGAAAGGGUUUUUGACAGAAGUGAAGAAUGGAGAAAAGAAUAUCCAAACAGCUCUAAACAAUGCUUAUGGAAAGACACUACGGCAGCACCAUGGUUGGGUUGUCCGAGGAGUCUUUGCGUUGGCUUUAAGGGCAGCUCCAACGUAUGAAGAUUUUGUGGCAGCUCUGUCUGUGGAGGAGUGUGAUCCUCAGGAAGAAACAUUUUACAAAGGAAUGCAGAGGGACCUCAACAUUUACUUACCAGCCAUGGAAAAGCAGCUAAAUAUCUUGGACACUCUCUAUGAAGUACAUGGUUUGGAAUCAGAUGAGGUGGUAUGACUACAGCAAGACCACAUCUUAAAAAUUCAGGGACUGUGUCUGUUAACAAAGAUUUCUUCCAUUUUGUUUUUUUUGGACAUCAUUUCUGUUCAUUGUGUCUUUUCAGGUGGGAAGGGUGUUGUGAUUGUUUUUGAGGAAGAUUAUGUAUGAUUUUUAGUUUUUUUAUGCUUGUUUUGCAUUUAGGUGCAGAGGUACUGUUUCUCUUUGGGUCAUAGCUAUGUCUGUGAUGAAUGUUUUUGACUGUUUCUCUUCUGCCUGUGCACUUCCUCUUCUCUUCACCUCAUAAAAGUAACAGAGCAGAAUUUGGCCUUUGCUCAUGUACCUUAGGAGAGAUCUACAUGUGCAGCAGAGCUGUUGUGUGCUGUCAGCACAGCACCCAGGCAGGCGCUGCUGGCUCUUCCUCUCCCACUCCCUGUGCCCGCUCCCUGCUAUGCUGUAGGAGGGCAGGGGUAUAGUGAGAGUUAUUGUUACCCUGGUAGCACAAGAGGAGGGCAGCUGAACACCAGGUUAUAAUGCAGUGAGUUUGUCCCUUAAUUUGGGUUGAAGCUUUUUAAUGCAAAUACUUAAUGUAUUUGCGUUACAUAAAUAUUUAUUAAAUGAAAUACUUUAAUCCAUGUGUUACAGACAUCUUCACCACAGGUGUGUGUGGCUGGUGGUCUGAGCAGCCCCAGAAACCAGCCUUUGAAUCAGGGUGUUGUGUUCCCUGACCAGCUCCCAGUGUGUGCCAUGGUUUCCCUGUCAGCUCCUGCCAGUGGACCACAAGAAAUUUGCUGGCACAGACUGACAGAGAGCCCAGCUAAUUUCAACAGUGCUUUAUAUAAGUGUUUGAAGAUGAUGACCAAUCAUCCUGGCUUAUUAAGGUUUUGGUGAGUUUUUCUGUUUUGGGUUUUAGUGGUCUCUUAAAUCAAAUUCACACAAAGCCAGAAUAUUUGCUUUUAAAUUGAAUACAACUAGCAAUCUAAAAAGCAGAUAUCAUUAAAAUCCUACCUACAUUGCCAAUAUGGGCAGAAACUUCAUGAAAGUGGAUGUGAAAUGAAGAAAGUAGGGAAGCUAGAAUUUGUGAUGGAGCUAUUAUUACACACUGGACCAAUUACAAAUCUUGAAUUUUGAAAUUACUUAGAGUUGACUGAAAAUAAGAAAGUAAGAUUUGCCCUUUUUUCCAUUUUGCUGAUAUAGAUAAAAAUGUGCUCCUUAGCAUUGCUGCUAUUAAGAAUAAUAAAGAAGUCCUUUUAGCUAGUGAUAUGGUUAAGGACUGUGCUAAUGAGGUAUUUAGAAUUAGUAAGUCUUCAUAAAUACAGAAGUCAGUGUUGCCAUGCUCACAGAAGUAAUACUGGCUUUUGCUAUGCUAAAAACCAUGUUGUCAGUAAAAUGAAUGUAUUGCAGACCUGCUGCCCUGCAUUGCUCUGUGACAGGAGCCUCUCUCCACACUGAAUACUUGAUCUUUUCUAAAGAACCUAGCAUUGUGAGCUUUAAGAAAAGCAUAUGAUACUUGAAGAAAAGGUCAACAUCACACUUGUAUAAAGAAAGAUACCAGGACUCUAAUUAGGCAUUUUAUAGAAUCAUACAAUAUCCUGAGUUGAAAGGGACCCAUUAGUGAGUCCAACUCCUGACCCUGCACAAGGCACCCCAAGAAUCACACCAUGUGCCUGAGAGUGUUGUCCAAAUGCUUCUUGAACUCAAACAGGCUUGGUGCUGUGACCACUUCCCUGGGGAGCCUGUUCCAGUGCUCAACCACCCUUUGGGUGAAAAACUUUUUCCUGUGAUAUCUAACCUAAACCUCCCCCAAGUCAGCUUCAAGCUAUUUCCUCAACUCCUGUCACUGGUCACAAAAGUAAAGAGAUCAGUGCCUGCCCCUCCACUUACCCUCGUGAGGAUUGUGAAGAUUGCAGUGAGGUCUCUAUCGAGUCUCCUUCAGGCUGAACACACCAAGUGACCUCAGCCACUCCUCAUGCAGCUUCCCCUUCAGACUCUUCUCCCUCCUGUUGCCCUCCUUAGGACAUUCUUCAAUAGCUCAAUAUCUUUCUUACAUUGUGGUGCCCAAAACUGCACACAAUAUUCAAGGUAAGACCGCCCCGGUGCAGAGCAGAGCGGGACAAUCCCCUCCCUUGACCAGCUGGCGAUGCUUUGUCUGAUGCCCCCCAGAACACGGUUUGCCCUCCUGGCUGCCAGGACACUGCUGACUCAUAUUCAACUUAACAUUGACCAGGACCCCCAGGUCCCUUUAAUCAGUGCUUCCGUUCAGCCUCUCAUUCCCUAGUCUGUACACACAAGCAGGGUUACCCCAUCCCAGGUGCAGAAUCCAGCACUUGCCCUUGCUAAAUUUCAGAGUUGUCAUUGCCCAGCUUUCUAAUUUGUUGAGGUCUCUCUGCCCUCGAGGGAGUCGACAGCUCCUUCUGAUUUAGUAUUGUUGGGAAACUUAGUAUAUCUUCAAGUCCUUUGUCCACGUUAUUAAUGAAGAUAUUGAAAAGAAGUGGGCUGAGGAUGUAGCCCUGUGGAAUCCCACUAGUGACCAGAUGCCAGUCUGAUGUUACCCCAUUCACUAUUAUCCUUUGUGCUGGACCCGUGAGCCAGUUGCUCUCCCAUUGCGUUACAUGGUUAUCCAGUUACGUGCUGGGCAUUUUGUCCAGAAUUCUGGAUACUGUGAUUGAGUCUCAAAAGCUUUGCUGAAGUCCAAAAAGAUUACAUCCACUGGCAUUCCUAGAUCAGCUAGGUGGGUUACCCUGUCAUAGAAGGAAGUCAGGUUUGACAAGCGGGACUUUCCCCUCCUGAAAUCUUGCUGGCUGUGACCAGUGACUGCAUUGUCCUCCAAGUGUUUCUCAGUACCUCCCAAAAUAAUCUUUUCCAUAAUUUUACCAGGCACUGAAGUGAGACUGACAAACCUGUUGUUUCCAGGGUCUUCCCUCUUCCCCUUCUUGAAAAUUAGGACAAUGUUUGCCAGCUUCCAGUCAGCUGGGACCUUUCUGGAUUCCCAAGACUGCUCAAAAAUCAUCAAGACUAUUUAAAUAGUAUGGCUUCCUUGUUCUGUCAUUUUCUCUGAGUUGUACCUAUGUGUAGUUCCUACAUAGUCCAAGAGGGAUCAGCAGGAAUCAGGUUUUAGUUUUUUGGAUUCUCUUUAAUUUAAGUAGUACAUGCUUUGAGUACAAAGUCAAAGCUUUUGACCAAAACUCUGUUCAAUUAUUUCACUACGCCCAGUGGUAAAAGUGAAGCAGAGGGCUCUUGGUAUUCAGCUGUCUACUUCUUCUAAGAAUGAAUGCAGAGAAACCACCCCUGCAGUAAAACAACCAACUCUUCGUCCCAUGUGGUUUCCUCAAGGUUUUCAGCUGUUCUGUGGGAAACUUUGCUGUAACAGUUUUUAGCUUAAUGCUCUGGAAAGAUAAUGGAGACCACAUUUCCACCAAAUAUCAACUGGGUUAUGGGGAGACCAAGAAGAGAUCUCUCUUUUCUGGAAGUUAACUGUCAGAUCAUUACAAAAAUUCACUUCCCUUUUUGCUCUUAAAUUUUUCCAGUGGCAGGAAAAUGUAUUCAGCACUUAAAAUAUUUGGAAGUAUUUUUGAGUUUUCUGUUUGUUUUGUUUGUUUUGGUUCCUAACUAUCAGGAGAACCACUAGUUUUUUAAGUGUGCAUCAGACCCAUUGUUUGUUGCAAAAAAUCAGGAGGCUACAUUUUGUAGGUAAAGAACUUAACUGCUUCAUUGGGCCACUAACUUCAGCAGUUACUAACUUCUAGCAUUCUUCUGUCCUCUAAUAAAAUAGAGAGCUUUCUACAUUGUGUAUCUUCUAAUCAGCGUGGCAUCCUGCCUCAGAGCAGGCUUUCUCAUCUUGCCCUUCUGUGUAAAAUUGGUCUUUCUGAACUCUGGAGUUGGUGCUUACGAAAAUUCUUAGGAGACCAUGGCUUCAAGAAACCCCUGUGUACUUGUUGUUAAAUGGGGGACUUGUAGAGAAGGAACUGAGCAAGGUCUCCUUGCCUUCAAAACUUGCACUUCACCAUGCUCUGCUCUUGCAGAGCGUUGAGCACUUCAGGACUUAGGAAUGCUAUCUUUGCAGUCAAACAACCACUAAGAAAGAAACCCAUUCAGUGUGUUGCAGAGCUGAACUCCAAGUUGUACCUCUAAGGAUGCAAUAGAUCAGAUGGCCAAAUGGAAGCAAAUGCACUGCUAGACAACGCACCUUCUUUUCCUGUGGUGGUAGUUCGGCAAGCAGAGAGGAUGGCUUUGGAUUUUAAUAAUGGUAGAGAACAAGCAACUAAUUUUUGGCCUUCAAGUUUAGAAUUAGAGAGAAGGUCGGUGUUUCCUGUUUGGUUUGUUCAUUAGUUAGGGUUGUUUUCUUUGUCCUAUUUGUUUUGGUUUUUUUUAAAGGCUGACAUUUAUGAACAACUGACCUGCAUACUGGUAAAGAUCCAUGUGACUUAGCUAACAGCACCCUUGCUCUGUAUACUUUACAUGAACUGCUUUGGUUUCCUAAAUUGCGCUAAAGUUUUGCAUCCCUUUCCUUUAGAAAUGCUUUUGGCUGUUUCCUGCAAUGUCUAACAGUUGCAUAUUCUCAGGGAUUUUACUUAUCCAUGGUGAAAUAAGAGUAAUCACAGCCUUACCAUAAGGGAUGUAAGGCUGCUUUUUGUGAAGUUAGUGUAGCUGAGUGUAGAACUCUGAUGCAGCAUAUGACAUGGGCAGCGUCUGUCCAGUGCACAUCCUUGUUGAGACAUGGUAAAUCCCAAAGCAAUCUGAUAAAAGUGCUAUCUAGUACUGAAUAAUGACAGCAUAUUUGAAUAGAGGUCACGAACACGUCUUUGUUACAAAGCAUCAUUGGCAUUAGAGCAGAGCUCUCAAGUAAUUCCAGUCAAGUUCUGUUAGCAACAGGAUGCUUUUAUUUAUUUUAUUUAUUUUAUUGUUAUGUUUUUAAAACAAGCUGUGUUUUGGAAACCCCUCUGCUAUUUUAAGACACCAUACUCAGUUCCAUAUUGAAGUUCUGUGACUUUACAAUUCUAGAAUAUGAACUGCAUACUCAAGUGCUUUAGUGUAAACUUAAGCACAUCUUGACACUGUUAUACCAUGGGUCUCCCUCUAACAGAUGCACUGAAAGUUAAGGGCCAUAUACCUUCACUUCUUGUAAAGCAUCAUCAGGAUUUAGGCUACAACUGUUUGCUUUUAAAAUGUUUCAUGGUUCGAAAAGUGUCACUUGGUUGACUGGAUGUAUAAAAAGUAUGCCCAAAAUAUGCUCCAGUUGUUUGCAGCAUGCUUUGGCAAAGGAGUGUGAACCAUUAUAGAAAACAGUGUUGUGUAGUCCCUGUGCUGGACCUGCUAACCCUUUCUUUUUGUUAUCACUUCAGCUUUUGUGGAAAACUUAAAAGAACUUUGAACUGCCUUUCAGACACCUGGAAAGAUCAUUAGCGUGUUCCUACCCAGCUGUCUUUUCCUUCUUCCUCAGCAUGGUAUUUUCUUUCCAUGCACUGUCCUCUGCCUUGCUAUCAGAGCUGCUGCUGUCGAAGCAUCUCUCUAUAAGAAUGCAAAGCAGGAAGUUUUGUAAGGGAUACAGAUAUAAACUUGGAACAUCAGACCUGAAUUCUAUGGCAGGCAACGAGGCAUACAGAUGGAAAAAUGGAGAAUUUUCUCUGAAGUUUCACCCUGAGUUGACAUAUUUUACCAGGAAAACCACACUACUUUAAACUUGAUUUCGUUAAUGAAAUUUAAAUUGGGACACUUCAGAUAUGGAAGUUCUGCCUCAUAGAACUGAAAGCACAGGGGUUUUGGUUUUGCUGUUUUGGUUGUUUUAUUAUUUAAUUUUAUUUCUUUUCUCUGGUCUGCAUAGUGCACAUAACAAAACAAAAAAUAAACAGGGUGAGGGUGGGGAUAACAGAAUUCAAACCUUGCUUGCACCUUCUGUAGCCCCUUGGUGAACAAACCCUGCAAACUACUGAAUGCUCUAGGCAAUUUAAAAUCACCCUUGUGCAGAAGAGGUAUCAUAGCAUACUUAGGCUCUGAGUAAGCUCAGGCUGUAGCUGAUCCUGCUCACAGCUUACACGAGGAUUUAAGCACUUGUUUUGAAGUUAGAACAUGUCCAUAAGUAUGCUUCACUUAAACACAUGCACCGUCCCACUGGCAUGCAGUUCUUCAAAAUGUAGUCUUUGAUUUUCAUUGUUAAAAUCCCUUCUGUGGUAUAGGGUUUCUCCCCCCUCACAUUCCAGAUGUGUUAAAAGUUUCACAUUUUUGAAUACGAAACAUCCUUGUUUUCAUUUCCUGAUUUCUGUUUAACGCUAAGUGUGUGAGCCAUUUUGAAAGUUUGAGAUUUACCUCUACUUGAAACUAAACAAGUAAUUGCACUCCAGAAUAGAGGAAUCAAACUGAAAACCAAGGGAGUUUGCUUUUAUGGUUUUCUAUUCAUUUUUCAAGCUAAUUUUGGGCAUACAUUUUAUCAAUGUCAAGCUGAGCUUACUACAAGUCUUACUUUACUUACUGAAAUACAUUAUAUACAUACUGAAAUGCAUUGAAAGAUGAAGAGAAGGUAUAUUGCCUCACACUUUAAAUUUACUGAAUUCUAAGGGCUUGUUCAUGCCCCCAAAAUCACCUCUCUGUGUAAGCAUGACACAAAUUAUGCUGUCGUAAGCAGUUCAGUCUGAAAUACUCUGAAGUUUCCAGUCUGCAUCAUCUCUCAAAUCAUACAGCAUCUGUCUCUUCUUUUGGAGCAUUGUUAAGACUUUUGUCAGACUUUUAUAUUAUUUCAUUAUAAUAAACUUAUUUUAAAUAA